CCCAAGAGAAACAACAAACAGUAUUCUGUGUGCACUCGGUACUAUUUAUUUCUUGGCAAAUCAAUAACUGCAUUUGUAGAGAGCGAACGCGCUGCGCAAAAGUGAAAACUCAAUCAACGAACGAACGCAUAGAAAAAAGCUAUGCCACACAACAACCAGCAGCCCACAGGGAAUGCGGAUGAUCCUUUGGGUCCGCCCAAGGCUGACUUCAGUGCUCCGCCUCCGUACGAACCGGAUGCAAUGGGUCAUGGUGGUCAACAGGUGCCCAUGACGACGCAGUUGCCCUCGCUGGCACUGACCACACACGGUGCGGAUGCGGGACAGCCGCAGAGCGAGCUGACAUUGCCGCAGGAGAUGCAUGGCAAGUUGCCCACCUACGAGGAGGUGCAAAUGGAGAAAUCAUUGAACGGAGAGCUACCGCCCGCAUUUCUCACAUUGCCAUCGACGCAACAGUUGCCGCCACCACCAAAUCCGUUGCUGCCACUGCCGCCAAAUCCGCUGCGCGAUGGUCCCGGCGGAGUGCGAUCCGCUCAGCCGGCAUUAACAUUUAUUGCCAUCGAUGCCAGCGAUCCGGAGAACAGUCUGUCCACGACAGAUAACUUGCUGGGCACGGACAUAAUGUUCAUUACAGCUUUUAUGGUCGCAUUUCUGUUCAACUGGAUUGGAUUCUUAAUGCUCACAUGUUUCUGUCACACAAUUGCCGCACGUUAUGGAGCACUCUCCGGAUUUGGUUUGUCGCUGGCCAAAUGGACGUUGAUUGUGAAGCACUCGACGGAUUUGGCAUCGCAUGAGAACUCUUGGCUUUGGUGGUUAAUCUGCGCCUUUGGCUUUCUCAUUGCCAUACGUGCACUCAUUCAGUAUGUGAGCAUUAAACGCUCCUGGCGACUGCUCUCCGCCUCGGCCCAAGAGCGGCUGCUCUUCUUCUACUAGGUGCGGGCGCCGUCGCCUUCGCCGUUGCCAUCAACGUCGUCGUCGGGUUAUGUAAAUACGUUAAGUGUGCGAGUUGUUUGAAUCGACGAUACGACGGCGAUUGCGAUUGCGAUUGUGUUUCCCUCCCCAUUUCUUUCGAUCCCAAAAAAA